AUAUUUUUGGGAGUAUUUAUGCAAACAGCAAGAGCAGCUGAUACAACAGGUGCUGAAGUGUGGUGGAUGCUUUUCACACUAGUGUGAUUAGCAGCAGGCACAGGAUUUCUUGUUUAUUUACAAUACUAUCAAGAAAAGCCACUUGGUAAAAAUCAUCCAGCCUAUGCAGGAGAAAAAGUACCUGCAGCUGAUAAAGAGAAAAAUCGUCCUCAAAGAGGCAGAAAUGAAGAAGAUAAGGAAGCUUAUCCUGACAGAAGGAACCAGCAAUUACAAGAUAAACUAAAGAAGGAUAUUAAUAAAAAUCAGAACAUGAGGGAUAAUAGAAAUCGCCCUCCAAGUGAUAAUACUCCAAAGCCAGCAAGGAAUAUUGCUAGCCCCAAUGAUAUCAAUAUAAACAUCGAUGAAGACGAUAGUGGAACAGAUAGAAGAAAUGAAAUGAUGAAGAAGAGGAACAUAAAUCCUCCUAAUAAUAGAAACGAGCCUUCUAUUGCAAAGAAUAGCGAUGAUCCUUUUGUCCCAAGGAACCCAGCAAAGGAUCCAGCAAUUAACCCGAGGAUUGCUCAAAAUGCAAGCAAAUAAAGCAGAGGAGCAUGUCAAGAAAAAUGAUAUGCCUAAACCAGGAGCAAACAUUGGAGCCCAAGUUGCUAAGCGAGGCCCAGGAGGUUUUAUGAUAGAAUCUUCAAGCUCAGGAGAAUAUGAAGAAUCUGAAGAAGAACCCUCGAAUAUCAAUCACAUGAGGCAAGGCCAAUACUCACAGAAUAAUCCAGCACCAGCAAGAGAUCCAGGAAGAAAGACAGCUGCUAUGUUGUUAGGAAAUAGACCAAGUUAGAUUCAACAAA